UAAUUAAUUGAAAAUAAGAAUAUAGUGAAUUAUGAAACGAAGGAAUUCUCAUGAAAGAAAGUGGAAACCUGCAGCGGAGGGGUAAACGGCUUCUAGAUAACGGCAUAGUAAACGGUAUUCGAUCUUCUUCUUCACGUGUAUACCAGUGUUUUAUAAUCGGCGUAUAACUUGAACAUUUUCUAUAAAUUCAUCUCUUUCUAAUUCAACAUUUUCUAUUAUAUUUCUGGUUAUGAUCAGAAAUCACAAUAAAUAGUAUGUAUAUAAAGAUACUGAAAAAUAUGACUGUAUUUGCUGUGAGAAAAUUAUAAUGGUUAUGUUAUUACAAAAAAUAUAUGAAUUAGUAUUAAUGCCAUAAUCAUAAAAAAAAUUGUAUCAUUAUUUUGAACUAUCACCAGUGUUAUCAUUGGAUUGGAUUCAAGUUAUCAAGCAUGACUCCAGAAAAAGAAAACAAGAGGCGCAUCGCAGACAUCAAGAAUCGAUGAUUUAUCCGAUAUCUCGAAAUCCACAGAUGGCGGGAAUCGAUCGAAGAUAGAAAUCACGGAGAAAUUACGUGACAGAAAUUAUGGUACUGUAGCGGUAGCAACUAGCGAAAGUAUUUUACAGGAAAUGCCAGAACCGCGAGGAAUACCUGUGUUUGGAACACUUUUUUCAUUCAUUUUAUCUGGAGGUCCAAAAAAACAACACGAGUACGUUGAUAAAAGGCACAAAGAACUGGGUCCCGUUUACAAAGAACGUAUAGGACCAACCACGGCAGUUUUUGUAAAUUCAAUUCAUGAAUUUCGUAAAAUUUUUCGACUUGAAGGGUCAACACCAAAACAUUUCCUACCAGAAGCUUGGACACUUUACAAUGAGAUACGGAAAUGUCGUCGCGGUUUGCUAUUCAUGAAUGGCGAAGAAUGGGUAUAUUUUCGUAAGAUUUUAAACAAAGUAAUGUUAUUACCAGAUCCAACAAAUUUAAUGAUUGCACCAUGUCAAGAGGUAGCCAUAGAACUUAAACGAAAAUGGCAAAAACAAAUUAAGACCAAUAACAUUAUAUCGAAUUUACAAGUUCAACUUUAUCAGUGGUCUAUAGAGGCUAUGAUGGCCACGUUGAUGGGAUCGUACUGGUAUUCUUACAAACAUCAAUUGUCCCGAGAUUUCGAAAUAUUGGCAGAAACAUUGCAUGAAAUAUUUGAAUAUUCAGCUAAAUUAUCUAUAAUACCAGUUAAAUUAGCUAUGAAUUUACGUUUACCUGUUUGGAAAAAAUUUGUUGCAUCUGCUGAUACAGCUUUCGAAAUUGUUCGAAUGUUAGUACCAGAAAUGGCUAAAUUAGGUGGUAAUGGUUUAUUAAAGAAAAUGAUGGAUGAAGGUAUUCGAGCCGAAGACGCAAUCUGCAUUGUUACCGAUUUUAUUUUAGCAGCUGGUGAUACGACGGCGACAACUUUGCAGUGGAUAUUAUUGUUGUUAUGUAAUCAUCCUGAAAAACAAGAAGAAUUAUUUAAACACUUAAAAGAUCUUUCUCAAGAAGAUAUAUUAAGAUUACCGUUAUUAAAAGGUAUAAUCAAAGAAUCUCUUCGAUUAUAUCCUAUAGCUCCAUUUAUAUCUAGGUAUUUACCGGAAGAUAGUGUGAUUGGUAAUUAUUUUGUGCCAAAAGGGGAAUUACUUGUCUUAUCACUUUAUUCGAGCGGUCGUGAUGCUGCUAAUUUUCCACAACCAAACGAAUUCCGUCCAGAAAGAUGGAUUAGAACGCAAAAAGGUAUUUAUCAAGGCGUAGUACAUCCACAUGCAAGUUUACCAUUCGCUUUAGGCGCUAGAAGUUGUAUUGGUCGAAAAUUAGCAGAAAUACAAAUAUCGUUUGCAUUAGCAGAGUUAAUUAAAUCAUUUAAAAUAGAAUGUAUAAAUAAGAAUCAAGUAAAAUUAAUUUUACAUUUGAUUUCUGUACCAUCGCAAUCAAUAAAAUUAAAAUUGAUGGAGAGAAAUUAGCUAAUAUAAAGUGAAAUAUCAUUUAAUCAAUUGUAAAAAUAGUAAAAUACUUUUUUAUUGUUUAUUU